GAGCUGCAGGGCGCGGGCAUCGCGCAGGAGCUGAACAUGCUGGCCCUGGUCCUUGACAGGAUGAUGAGCCAGGGGCAGUACGACGAGCUGAUCAACUCGCAGGCCGCGGAGGUGACCUGCCUGCGCCUGUACUCGAUCUGGAAGGCCUACGAGCGGGUGCAGUGCAAGAGCGACUGGCUGAGGCCCAAGGCGCAGCACGGCGGCAAGUGGCGCUCCAAGGUCGACUGGAGCCUGGCGGAGGAGUACCUGCGCCUCGACGGGGACCCCAACAGCGAGAACAGGGGGGCCGAUGACGAGGUCCUGGAGAAGCUCAGGCCCGCCCAGCAGAUCUCAGAGGCCAUCUACCGUUCCGACGCUGUGCUGGCCCCGCUGGCGCGGGACAUGGUGCACGAGCUCGGGGCAGCCAAGAACGACGAGGUCGUGCUGCCGCAGCUGGAGAGUAUGGCGGACGGAGGCGCGGCGACGCCCGAGGCGCGCGAGGCGGCGUGCCUCUUCUGCUGCGGCGAGCCGGAGGCGCUCCCCUGCGGCCACGACUGCUGGCACGCCCAGUGCAUCCUGCACUGGCUCUCCGAGUGCAGGAGCGGCCCGGGCGGGACCGCUUGUGCCACCCUCCCAUACUCGUUGUCCGCCUGCCCCCGCUGGGGCACCGGUGGCAGUCUGCGCGGCGAGGAGCUGCAGGGCGCGGGCAUCGCGCAGGAGCUGAACAUGCUGGCCCUGGUCCUUGACAGGAUGAUGAGCCAGGGGCAGUACGACGAGCUGAUCAACUCGCAGGCCGCGGAGGUGACCUGCCUGCGCCUGUACUCGAUCUGGAAGGCGUACGAGCGGGUGCAGUGCAAGAGCGACUGGAUGAGGCCCGCCCAGCAGAUCUCAGAGGCCAUCUACCGUUCCGACGCUGUGCUGGCCCCGCUGGCGCGGGACAUGGUGCACGAGCUCGGGGCAGCCAAGAACGACGAGGUCGUGCUGCCGCAGCUGGAGAGUAUGGCGGACGGAGGCCCCGAUGGUAUACCAUUCCGAGCGUGGCGAAAACUGGGAGAGUUUGCCGCCCGUGCUCUGUACGAUGCUUUUGUUGCCAUGGUGGGCACCGACGGUUUGAGCCUCCUGGAGACGGACUGGGGCGACUUCAAUGAGAGUUCCAUGGUGUUCUUGCCGAAAAAGCUUAGUGCCGCUACCCCGGACGGCAUGGACUUCUACAGGGCUGCCCUCUUUCACCGCUGCUUUUUGCCGUGCUGUCGGACGUUCUGUUACGUCGGCUGCGCCUACGCCGACGACCUCGCGGUGGCCCUCGCCCACAGCACGCGGGGCGCGCCCAUUCUCGAGCACGCUUUUGACGAGCAUGAACGGCUGUCAGGACUCUGGCUUCACCAGGGGAAAAGCGCGUGGGUGCCCUUAUCCUUGACACCGAUGGACAUUGUCAGAGCUCGCUUACACGCAGCAGCGCCCACCUGGGGGGAGUUCACGGCGCGCCGGCACGCCGCGUACUUGGGCUUCGAGGUGGGGCCCGAGCGCGCGCAAUCGUCGUGGACGAAACCGCUGCAGAAGUACACGUCGCGUGCACGGACAUGGCGGGCCGUGGGCGGAGGAAUGCUCAUCACCAUCCUCGCCUACCGCGUCUACAUCUUCCCCGCCCUUUGCUUCCUCAUGCAGCUGGACAGGCUGCCGCCGGACUGGGCCGAGCAUGAGCAGAAGGCAUGCGCGCUGCUGUUCCCGGGGCCUCGCUGCUGGACGCCACCUGCCGCUUUGCGUGAUUUAUGCUCGUUGGGACUCCCUUCGCAGCUUCCCGAUGCCCACGCCACAGCCCUCGCGGCCAAGUGCAGGGUACACCGAUGGGAGGCCGACGCCACAGGGGGCUUGCACAUCCCACGCCGGCGGCGCUUGCUGCUGGACAAGAUUAGCGGUUCGGACAACCUCCAGCAGUUGGCCACCUGGCACGAGUGGUACACUGGCAUCUUCAUCAUGAAUCUCGCGGACGCGCAGUAUCGCCUAGAGGCCCGCGCCGCCGGGACCGGCACCUCCGCCGCAUUGCUGGCCCAAG